GGACCGCAGAAGUGAGUACGCGAGCGGCGCAGCGAGAUCCUGGCUCGGACCCCGGACGGCGCGCGCCCCCGAAGCCCCGGAUCCCGGUCGGGCCCGCGGCGGACCGCCGGGUUACUGUGCACCCCGAACCACCACCGCCUGCACCCUCCCGCCCCGGCCGGCGCCCCGGAUCCUCCUGGACCGGUCCGUCCAGAUUCCCGCGGGACCGAGCUGUCCGCAUCCCCGGAUCGCUGGGCUCGGCGCGCCGCCUGGCCCCGGAGCCGCCCGCCUGGACUGCACUCCCUCUUCGCCUGGACCUCCCGGGGCCCGACGCGAGCCUGCCCCGGAGCCCGCUGAGCGCACCCUCUCUCGGGCGCCUGCAGUCCGCCGGCGCGGCGCGGCCCGGCCCGGCGCGGCCCGGCUCGGUUCCCAGAGCCACCCGGCCAUGGCCAGAGCCCGCCCGCCGCCGCCGCCGCCGCCGCCGCCGCCGGGGCUCCUGCCGCUGCUCCCUCCGCUGCUGCUGCUGCCGCUGCUGCUGCCCGCCGGCUGCCGGGCGCUGGAAGAGACCCUCAUGGACACAAAAUGGGUGACAUCUGAGUUGGCGUGGACAUCUCAUCCAGAAACUGGGUGGGAAGAGGUGAGUGGCUAUGAUGAGGCCAUGAAUCCCAUCCGCACGUACCAGGUGUGUAACGUGCGCGAGUCAAGCCAGAACAACUGGCUCCGCACGGGGUUCAUCUGGCGGCGGGACGUGCAGCGGGUCUACGUGGAGCUCAAGUUCACGGUGCGCGACUGCAACAGCAUCCCCAACAUCCCCGGCUCCUGCAAGGAGACCUUCAACCUCUUCUACUACGAGGCCGACAGCGAUGUGGCCUCCGCCUCCUCCCCCUUCUGGAUGGAGAACCCCUACGUGAAAGUGGACACCAUCGCCCCUGAUGAGAGUUUCUCGCGCCUCGACGCCGGCCGCGUCAACACCAAGGUGCGCAGCUUUGGGCCACUUUCCAAGGCUGGCUUCUACCUGGCCUUCCAAGACCAGGGCGCCUGCAUGUCACUCAUCUCCGUGCGCGCCUUCUACAAGAAGUGUGCAUCCACCACCGCAGGCUUCGCGCUCUUCCCCGAGACUCUCACUGGGGCGGAGCCCACCUCGCUGGUCAUCGCUCCUGGCACCUGCAUCCCUAACGCCGUGGAGGUGUCGGUGCCACUCAAGCUCUACUGCAACGGCGACGGGGAGUGGAUGGUGCCCGUGGGUGCCUGCACCUGUGCCACCGGCCAUGAGCCAGCUGCCAAGGAGUCCCAGUGCCGCCCCUGUCCCCCUGGGAGCUACAAGGCAAAGCAGGGAGAGGGGCCCUGCCUCCCCUGUCCUCCCAACAGCCGGACCACCUCGACGGCCGCCAGCAUCUGCACCUGCCACAAUAACUUCUACCGCGCAGACUCGGACUCCGCGGACAGUGCCUGUACCACCGUGCCAUCUCCGCCCCGAGGCGUGAUCUCCAAUGUGAAUGAAACCUCACUGAUCCUCGAGUGGAGUGAGCCCCGGGACCUGGGUGGCCGGGAUGACCUCCUGUACAAUGUCAUCUGCAAGAAGUGCCAUGGAGGCCCUGGGGCUGGGGGGCCCUCAGCCUGCUCACGCUGUGAUGACAACGUGGAGUUUGUGCCUCGGCAGCUGGGCCUGACAGAGCGCCGGGUCCACAUCAGCCAUCUGCUGGCCCACACGCGCUACACCUUUGAGGUGCAGGCAGUCAACGGCGUCUCGGGGAAGAGCCCUCUGCCGCCCCGCUAUGCGGCUGUGAAUAUCACCACCAACCAGGCUGCCCCGUCCGAAGUGCCCACUCUACGCCUGCACAGCAGCUCAGGCAGCAGCCUGACCCUGUCCUGGGCGCCCCCGGAGCGGCCCAACGGAGUCAUCCUGGACUAUGAGAUGAAGUACUUUGAGAAGAGUGAGGGCAUCGCCUCCACAGUGACCAGCCAGAUGAACUCCGUGCAGCUGGACGGGCUGCGGCCCGACGCCCGCUAUGUGGUCCAGGUCCGGGCCCGCACAGUCGCUGGCUACGGGAAGUACAGCCGGCCCGCCGAGUUUGAGACCACAAGUGACAGAGGCUCCGGGGCCCAGCAGCUCCAGGAGCAGCUCCCCCUCAUCGUGGGCUCUGCGACAGCUGGCCUUGUCUUCGUGGUGGCCGUCGUGGUCAUCGCCAUCGUCUGCCUCAGGAAGCAGCGGCACGGCUCGGACUCGGAGUACACGGAGAAGCUGCAGCAGUACACUGCUCCUGGAAUGAAAGUUUAUAUCGACCCUUUUACCUACGAGGACCCUAAUGAGGCCGUUCGGGAGUUUGCCAAGGAGAUCGACGUCUCCUGUGUCAAGAUUGAGGAGGUGAUCGGAGCUGGGGAGUUUGGGGAAGUGUGCCGGGGCCGACUGAAACAGCCUGGCCGCCGGGAGGUGUUUGUGGCCAUCAAGACGCUGAAGGUGGGCUACACCGAGCGGCAGCGGCGGGACUUCCUAAGCGAGGCCUCCAUCAUGGGCCAGUUUGAUCACCCCAAUAUAAUCCGGCUUGAGGGCGUGGUCACCAAAAGCCGGCCAGUCAUGAUCCUCACGGAGUUCAUGGAGAACUGCGCCCUGGACGCCUUCCUCCGGCUCAACGAUGGGCAGUUCACGGUCAUCCAGCUGGUGGGCAUGUUGCGGGGCAUUGCUGCUGGCAUGAAGUACCUGUCUGAGAUGAACUAUGUGCACCGAGACCUGGCUGCCCGCAACAUCCUUGUCAACAGCAACCUGGUCUGCAAAGUCUCAGACUUCGGCCUCUCCCGCUUCCUGGAGGAUGACCCCUCCGAUCCCACCUACACCAGCUCCCUGGGCGGAAAGAUCCCCAUCCGCUGGACGGCCCCGGAGGCCAUUGCCUAUCGGAAGUUCACUUCUGCUAGUGAUGUCUGGAGCUACGGAAUUGUCAUGUGGGAGGUCAUGAGCUAUGGAGAGCGACCCUACUGGGACAUGAGCAACCAGGAUGUCAUCAAUGCUGUGGAGCAGGACUACCGGCUGCCACCGCCCAUGGACUGCCCCACAGCACUGCACCAGCUCAUGCUGGACUGCUGGGUGCGGGACCGGAACCUCAGGCCCAAAUUCUCCCAGAUCGUCAAUACCUUGGACAAGCUCAUCCGCAAUGCUGCCAGCCUCAAGGUCAUAGCCAGUGCUCAGUCUGGCAUGUCACAGCCCCUCCUGGACCGCACGGUCCCAGAUUACACAACCUUCACGACAGUUGGUGAUUGGCUGGAGGCCAUCAAGAUGGGGCGGUACAAGGAGAGCUUCGUCAGUGCAGGGUUUGCAUCCUUUGACUUGGUGGCCCAGAUGACCGCAGAAGACCUGCUCCGCAUCGGGGUCACCCUGGCCGGCCACCAGAAGAAGAUCCUGAGCAGUAUCCAGGACAUGCGGCUGCAGAUGAACCAGACGCUGCCUGUGCAGGUCUGACACCAGCUCCCACGGGGGACCCUGAGGACUGCGCAGGGAUGCCGAGCAGCCGGCUGGACUUUUGGACUCUUGGACUUUUGGAUGCCUGGCCUUAGGCUGUGGCCCAGAAGAUGGAAGACUGGGAAGGGCCCAAGCUGGGACUUCUCCAGGCCUGUGCUCCCUCCCCAGGAAGAGUGCCCCAAACCUCUUCAUAUUGAAGAUGGAUUAGGAGAGGGGGUGAUGACCCCUCCCCAAGCCCCUCAGGGCCAGACCUUCCUGCUCUCCAGCGGGGGAUCCCCACAACCUCACACUUGUCUGUUCUUCAAUGCUGGAAGUCCUGGCAGGGUCAGGUGGGGGUAAGCCGGGGUUCCACAGGGCCCAGCCCUGGCAGGGGUCUGGCCCCCCAGGUAGGUGGAGAGCAGUCCCUCCCUCAGGAACUGGAGGAGGGGACUCCAGGAAUGUGGAAAUGUGACAUCCCCAUCCUGAAGCCAGCCGGCACCUCCAGUUUGCACAGGGAUUUGUUCUGGGGGCCUGAGGGCCCUGCCCCACCCCCGCCCUUGGUGCUGUCAUAAAAGGGCAGGCAGGGGCAGGCCAAGGAGUUGCCCUUUGCCCCCCAGAGACUGACUCUCGAAGCCAGAGACGGGAUGUGUGAGUGCGUGUGUGUGUGUGUAUGCGCGCGUGUGUUUGUGUGCACGCACUGGCCUGCACAGAGAGCAUGGGUGAGCGUGUAAAAGCUUGGCCCUGUGCCCUGCAGUGGGUCCAGCUGGGCCGACAGCAGAAUAAAGGCAAUAAGAUGAUU